AUGGCCAACAAGAAGAACCGCGGCAAGGAGAGGAAGAAGCAGAAGUGCAUCGAAGAGGGCGUCGCAUCCAUCGACGUGCAUGAGAGCGUCGCAUCCGCCAUCGUUGCUCACGUGCCCGAAGUCAAGGACCGCCUCGCCCUCGGCUGCGUCUCCAGGGCUUGA